AUGAGUGAGAAUAAUAUGAAUCAUGCGAAUGGCGAUAGUGCGGAGAGUGUUUAUGAGUUUAUUGCAGAUGAUGUGACUUCAAAUAAGAGUAAUACAGUCAGAAGAAUGCUAAUUAAAGAAUAUAGAAAGAUUGGUAGAGGUGCUUUUGGUACCGUGGUACAAGCUAAAAUAACACCAAACAAAGAAGAUUGGUAUGGACCAUUUGCUAUUAAAAAAGUUCCAGCUCAAACAGAAUAUAAAUCAAGAGAAUUAGAGAUUUUAAGAGCUACUGAUCAUCCUAAUAUUGUUAGAUUGGAAUAUUUUUUCACUCAUGUAUCACCAACAGAUCAUAAAGUGUAUCAACAUUUAGCUAUGGAAUGCUUACCUGAGACUUUACAAUUAGAAAUUACAAGAUAUUCAAGAAAUAAAUUGGAAUUGGCAUUGAAACACGUUCAAUUAUAUACAUAUCAAAUUGCUCGUGGGAUGUUAUAUUUACAUGCAUUUGGUAUAUGUCAUCGUGAUAUCAAACCUUCAAAUAUCUUAGUGGAUCCAACGUCUGGAGUCCUAAAGAUUUGUGAUUUUGGUUCGGCUAAAAAAUUAGAACAUAAUGAACCAUCAAUUAGUUAUAUCUGUUCAAGAUUCUAUAGAGCUCCUGAAUUGAUUUUAGGUUCAACACAAUAUACUACUCAAGUUGAUAUCUGGGGUUUAGGUUGCGUCAUUGGUGAAAUGUUAAUUGGAAAAGCUGUAUUUCAAGGUCAAGAACCUUUAUUGCAAUUAAGAGAAAUCGCGAAGAUUUUGGGACCUCCAGAUAAAAAAUUCAUUUUCUUCUCAAAUCCAAGUUAUGAUGGUCCUCUAUAUUCAAAACCUUUAUUCUCAGGUACUCCACAAUCACGUUUCGAAAAAUAUUUUAAUCGUGCAGGUCCAGAAGGGAUUGAUUUAUUAAUGAAAGUAUUAGUCUAUGAACCGCAACAAAGAUUGACUCCAAGGAAAAUUCUGGCUCAUCCUUUCUUUAACGAUCUCAGAAAUGAACAAUACUUCUUCCCAAGAGAACAUACUCAACCUGUCCGUCUACCUAAUUUGUUUGAUUUCAACGAUUUCGAAUUACGUAUCAUCGGUGAAUAUAUAACGCAGAUUAAACCUGUAGAUGAUUAA